AACCGGGUUGGUCUGUCUGAUUUGCAAAUAAACCCACGUGACAUCAAUUUUACCGGUGUCACGUGACUUUCUGGCAGCUUGCCCUCCGUGCUUCAGGGUUCUUCUUGCUGUAGUUAAAGAUGCUGCCCUGUCUGCUAAUGUCACCAGUUAGACAAAGACGAUAAACGAAGGACACAACAAGGUUGGAUAAGGCCGACAAGGACCCUGUCUGUCUCUGAGUGGCACCACUUACACCUGUGGACAGAAUGGAGAGCGACGCUGAAUCCAGAAAGCUGAACGGCCAGCCUGAGGGUCCUGCAGCCCUUUCAAAACCCAAAGAGAGCAUGCAGCUCAAAAAGGAAAUCUCUCUCCUGAACGGCGUCAGCCUCAUCGUGGGGAACAUGAUUGGCUCGGGCAUAUUUGUAUCGCCAAAGGGCGUUCUGAUCUAUAGCGCCUCCUACGGACUGUCUCUAGUUAUCUGGGCCAUCGGUGGCAUCUUUUCAGUAGUGGGUGCUCUCUGUUACGCCGAGCUCGGCACGACAAUCACUAAGUCUGGCGCCAGCUACGCCUACAUCCUGGAGUCGUUUGGAGGCUUCAUAGCAUUUAUACGUCUAUGGACAUCACUGCUUAUCAUCGAACCAACAAGCCAGGCUGUAAUUGCCAUAACUUUUGCCAACUACUUGGUUCAGCCGCUCUUCCCCACUUGCGAGCCUCCGUAUUCUGCUUCUCGGCUCAUUGCUGCAGCUUGUAUUUGCCUGCUGACCUUUAUUAAUUCCGCUUAUGUUAAGUGGGGUACCAGGGUGCAGGAUGUCUUCACUUAUGCCAAAGUAAGUGCCCUCAUCGUCAUUAUUAUCACGGGGAUAGUGAAACUGUGCCAAGCUGAAAUAAAAAAGUUGUUCUUCGUGGGAGCUCGAGAAGGUCAUCUUCCAGAUGCUUUGUCUAUGAUUCACGUGGAGAGAUUCACACCAGUUCCUGCUCUGCUAUUUAAUUGUGCCAUGGCCCUGAUCUACCUUACAGUGGAGGAUGUUUUCCAGCUGAUUAACUAUUACAGCUUCAGUUACUGGUUUUUCGUUGGCCUGUCUAUUGCUGGGCAGAUCUACCUUCGCUGGAAAGAGCCAGACAGGCCCCGACCACUGAAGUUGAGUCUGCUGUAUCCCAUCAUCUUCUGCUUGUGUGUUGUGUUCCUGGUGGCUGUGCCACUUUAUUCUGACACACUCAACUCACUCAUUGGAAUUGCUAUUGCCCUCUCCGGAGUGCCUGUUUACUUCUUGGGUAUCUAUCUUCCAGAGUCCAAGCGCCCACCCAUAAUCACUAAACUGUUAUGUGCCAUCACCCGUUUCACCCAGUUCACCUGUUUUUGUGUGCUCACCGAGUUAGACACUGUUGAUUAGAACACUUGCACCCCUUUGACCCACAAACCCACUGGUUCGGGGAGAGGAAACCAAUGUCUGGAGCAACAGGAAAAAGAUCUUCCACACUUUUAAAGACACAGAUGCACUCUUAAUGUCACUGCGUUGGAUUCUUCUUUUUCUUUAUUAUAAAAGGGUUCUGCUAAGGCCACAGUGCACUGCAGUAUUAGAAAUGACCUUGAGAACCGUAUGGCAUGAAAAUAAAGGCCAUUUCGAAGCUCUGGUUCAUAAUAGUACCGGAUCGCUCAUGAUGCAAACACCUCUCAGAGGACAUAAACAGGAUGUGGCGAUUUGUGUGUGCCAUUAUGAAGACAUGGCCAAGAAUUAGAUCAUGUAACAUUUUCCCCUUUUUUUAAUCUAACAUGGUUUUAUUUUAGAAUCUAGUUUUAAAAAUGUCUAACAAUUUAUUUAUCCACUUUUUGAAGUGAAAGAGAUUUUAUUUUCAUUUUCCUUAUUGCAAUUACCUUCGCACGAAUGCAUCAGUUCUCUUACAGUAUUUGGAGAGGUCAGCUUUAGAGGGAAGGUGACUGUGCAUUUGAACAUUGAAAUCUGCUGCUAUGCUUCUGUACAUGUAGUGAAGCAUCACGUUCGCUUGUGGAAGAGGUUAGGAAGGAAUAGAUGACGAGUACAUCAGAUGUGCUGGAAACAUUUGUCGACUCAAUCCAGGAAUGUUUUUAAGUGUCUCUGUUCUUUGAUUGGACCUCUAUCUGUGUUUUUGAAUUCAGUUAACUUCAGUUUCAAACUGAAAAAAACAAAACAGAUUGUCCAAAUGAAUUCAUAUUACAAUACUAAGUGUCACGAAAUUUGCUCUUCAAUCAUUCAAUUUCUAUAAAAUCAUCCUUACAUGUCCAUUGGCCAAACAAGCAAUACAUUGUUACUGGUAAAAAUCCAAGUAAUCUCAGGAUGGAUGUCCAGAUGUGAUUAAAACAGGUCACUCUGAUAAACGUUUACCUUGUAGCAUGAAACACACUGAACAGCUUUCAAACAAUAUUGUUAUUUGCCUUUAUGUACAAGUGUUUCUAUUAAUUUAUUUGAAAGAAUAUCAAUAAAACCUUUUUGCUACCAGA